AAAAAAAAAACAAAGAAAGAAGAAGCUCUUGCAUGCCCUCCUCUCCUCUUGUUCAUCACUUUCACCAACUCUCUCAGACUCCACCGCCACCACCACCACCACCAACCGCCGACGAUCGUCGCCGAUUCCAUCUAGCUGUUUAUACAUAUACACAGAGAGGGAGAGAAUGGGUUGCACUGUGAGAGAGAAGCACGUCCGAACGAAUCGGAGGAUCCGAUCCGUGAAAACCGAUUUCGAGCAUUGCUGCUACGUCGAGAGAGCCUCAAUCGCGAAAUCGGUGCUCGAAUCGGGCCUCAAACCCUUCAAUACUCAAAACCCUAAUUCGGCCCAGAGGCCCAAUUCCGACGAGACCGGCUGGGGCUACUGCACUGAGGACCAAUUGGAGGAGCUUCUGUUGAAGAAUCUGGAGUUUCUCUACAAUGAGGCGAUUUCCAAGCUAGUUGCCUUGGGUUACGACGAGGACCUUGCCCUCAAAGCCAUUUUGAGAAAUGGGCACUGCUAUGGCGGCAUGGAUGUCUUGACUAACAUCAUGCACAACUCGUUGGCUUAUUUGAAUACUAGUUCCGGGAAUUCCGAGGAUUCGGAGCCGGUUUUCGCUGAUUUGAGGCAGUUGGAGGAGUAUUCGCUGGCCGGGAUGGUGUGUAUGUUGCAGCAGGUUAGGCCGAGGUUGAGUAAAGGUGAUGCCAUGUGGUGUUUGCUAAUGAGUGAUCUUCAUGUGGGGAGGGCCAGUACUAUGGAGAUUCCGGUGCUUCCUAGCGCAGGGAAUGAGGGUAGUGCUGCGGCCGCUAGUAAUGUGGAGACUGGGGGUAAUGGGAGCCAUUCUGUUGGUGUCAUGGCCCCCGCGCUUUGUAGGUUUCAUGGCGGGUGGGGUUUUGGCAAUGGGGGGAGUUCGGAGUUUCCUGUUCAUGGGUUUUUGUCCUAUGGCGCUGAGCUGACUUUACAGAGGGAUAUUGAGUGUCCCAAGAGGUUUAAUCUUUCUCCUUCAAUGAAGUCGUUGUUGAAGAGGAAUGUAGCCAUGUUUGCAGCCGGUUUUCGAGCAAACUCCAAACAGUUGCAUUCGCAACCGCAGGCUUCCCUCAGCAGUUUGACGAGUGGGGAUGCGCUGGUUGGAUUGGGGGCUGAAGUUGCAGUCCAGCAAUCUGAAGAGUCACAGAAGUCAAAGAACCAGGAGGUGGUUAACUCGGUGUUGAGUAAAUUUCGUGAUUUGAAUCUUGAUGAGAAUUUGGAACUUGUAGGGGAAGAUCAAAAGAAUGAGGUGAUAGUAACUUUACUUCAUCAGGUUAAAGAGCUUGAGAAGCAAGUGAAGGAGCGCAAGGAGUGGGCCCACCAGAAGGCUAUGCAAGCUGCAAAAAAGCUUAGUCAUGAUCUGACAGAGCUUAAAAUGCUGAGGAUGGAAAGAGAGGAGACUCAAAGGUUGAAGAAAGGGAAGCAAACUCUUGAGGACACAACCAUGAAGAGGCUCUCCGAGAUGGAAAACGCUCUAAGAAAGGCUAGUGGUCAAGUGGACCGGGCAAAUGCAGCUGUUAGAAGACUUGAAAAUGAGAAUGCAGAAAUCAGAGCAGAGAUGGAGGCUUCUAAACUGAGUGCGUCAGAGUCAGUCAACACCUGUUUAGAGGUUGCAAAGAGGGAGAAAAAGUGCCUGAAGAGGCUUUUGGCUUGGGAGAAGCAAAAAGGUAAGUUGCAGGAAGAGAUUGGAGAGGAGAAACAGAGGAUUUCAGAAUUGCAACAACAGUUAGCUCGUAUCAAGCAGGAUCAGAAAGAAGCUGAGGUGAAAUGGAAGCAGGAGGUGAAGGCUAAGGAGGCAGCCUUGGCACAAGUGGACGAGGAAAGAGUUGCCAAGGAAACAGCUGAGGCUGGUAAUAAACGAAAGCUUGAGGCUUUGCGCCUAAAGAUAGAAAUAGAUUUCCAACGUCACAAGGAUGAUCUCCAAAGACUUGAGCAAGAACUCUCACGUCUAAAAUCAUCUGCGCAGUCUACUGAAUUGCCUCUUCCAUCAAAUGCUUUGCCAAGAGGAGUCUCUGGUGGUGCAAAACCUCAAGGAGAAACAAUUGCCAAGCUGCUUCGUGAAUUAGAUAACCUGGAGAAUUCUGCAGAGAAAGAAGUCAGCUGCGAUAGAGAAUGCAUGAUUUGCAUGAAAGAUGAAGUGUCUGUUGUUUUCCUACCCUGUGCUCAUCAAGUUCUCUGCGCUAAUUGCAAUGAUGAUUAUGGCAAGAAAGGUAGAGCUACUUGCCCAUGUUGCCGAGCUCCAAUUGAACAUAGAAUUCGUGUUUUUGGUGCAAGUUCUUAGUUCGCUUGGAAAGGGGUCUGUCUUCCCUGAGUAUGAGUAUGACUUUUUCAGGUAUACCAAAUAAUUUACAGUGUCUUAUUUCCUUGUUCAUUUACAAACUUGCUGAGCACAUCAGCAAAAUAGAUAUGUAGUUAAAUAAAACGAAAGCUUGUUUGCAGCUUGUGCCUUUUCAAUUUGGAAUGAAAGGAACUUUUGUUUCUAGGA